AUGGCUGACCUGGAGCUUACAGAAUCCUUAUUGAAAGCAUCUGAGCUGUUUCCUGAUGUACCGAUACACCAUAUAUCCCAUGUUCUUCAGGUGUCUAAUGAUAAUUUGGAUACUGCAAUAGAACAACUUUUGAAUUACGAUUUAAUAAAGGAAAAUAUCGCAAAUUCAGCAGACCCUGAUCUCUCAGAAAAGGGGAAUAUUGGUCAUAGAGAAUACAUAUUUCCUAAGGAUGUUGGGGAAAGUUCUGCCGAGAGGGGGGAUCAGUCAAGUUACGAAACAGCUAAAGGCUUUAAAAAGGAAAACUCAGAGGGGGGAACCAAAAAAACAAUCAACAAUGAGUUGGAACUCAUUAAAUUAGAGCAAAUAAUUGAAAGAAUCGAAAUGCAGGAUUAUGUUAUGGAUUUGUUAGGUAUUGAAGAGUCAAAUCGAGAUCUUGUAGAUUGGUUUUUGGAGCAGAAUAAGUUUGACAAACUAAAUAGUAUAUGUGAUAUUAUGCUCAAUCUCAAUCCAGAACUGCCUCCUAACAGACAGUCCAGACUGAGUUUUGCUAAAACUUCAUUGAAUGAUAUAGUCCCUCGUAAUUUGUUGGCAAAGGGAUCAACUUCGAUGUCAGAUUUGAUAAAAGGUGAUCAGCAGAAUGCUCCGAUUUCACAAUUUAACCUAUAUUGGGAUGAGAUUAAGGGGUUUAUCAAGUCCAAUCCAGAACUAGAUUUACCAGAUAAAUUUUACAUGCUAUGCAUUAACUGGUUUCAGAAUGAUGUGGCUAAAGUAAUACAUCUUGCAGUUGAAUUGAAUACAUGUUUUGUGAAAUGCAAAUCAAAGAAUCCAAGGAAAAAAAGGGAUCAAAAAGUACUUGAUUGGGCUCAAGUCACUUAUGCUCUAAAUACACCGAAUCAUGGUAAAUCACACGAAAUCGAUAGCACAGAGUGGAAUGUCCUAAAGCCAUCUUUACAAGAUUUAUCUUUGAGGGCAGAUUCACCGAAAACACUGGAAAGUCUUGAACAAAAAGCCAGAAAUCUAAAGAAUGUCCGUAAUGUUACAAAUGACAAACAUCUUAAAGCCUAUUACUCCAAUUCAAUUCGAGAUACCAAACACAAAAUAAGGCAGCACAAAGAUUAUGUUCAAAUAUCAGAAGUUAGUAGUAGGGUUGAGAGAGCCAAAACCUCACAUUGCAUUGACUUCCAUGACUUAACUGUACAGAAUGCUAUGACUGCAUUGGAACAAGUGCUCACCUAUUGGUGGGACCUUGAAAUGCAUAACCGUAAUAUUUCCAAUACGAAGUUUGAGCUGGUAAAUGUUCAGCAUGUUCCGCCCUUUAAAAUUGUUACUGGAAGGGGUUUACAUAGUAGUGGCGGUAUACCGAAGAUAAAGAAUGCUACAAUUAAAUACUUGCAGUUGCACAAAUACAAGUUCGAAGAAAAUGCAUCUAGCAUUCAAGUGACUGGCAAGCGCAGAAUAUGA